AUCAGCCACACCACAAAACCCAUAAACAUCAUCCCCUACUUUUCAGUAUUAUUCAUCAUAUAUCAUAUCGAUCUCUCUGCAACUCAAUCGCACACCUUCAGUGGUCUAUAGCUACUUCUUAGCAGACCUCUGUUGGGUGCUACCUCUUUGACUAAUUCUUCUCACAUCCAUCAGCAUCUACUCUCUGAGUUUAAGAUGCCGGGUUGUCUAAGCAAGAGUUUACACUCUUCUUCUCAUUUCAUGAAGAACAUGGAGCAAGAAGCCAAAGUCACUGAAAAGCAGGGGAUCGUCACCAUUCUCGGCUCCGACUGCGAAAGAAACAAAGCAGCUUCUCUGCGACGAACACUGUCGGCCGACAUGUCGUCCAAGAAAUGGCUUGCUCAACAAGGUUUCUUCUCUCCCAUGAAAAAGAUUGCAUCAUCUAAAGAGCUCUCCAUGUCCAUAGCGGACAGCAACUCAUCUUCCUCCUCUGAUGAGGACGAGGAUCAUUUCCGAAACAGGAAGGCUCAGCAACAGAAGAUGUUCCAUAUAUGGACCCCCAUCGAUCAAGAUGAUCAGAUUAAGAAGACCAAGAAAGAGAUGGCCGAGGGAAAAUUUGAUAUCUGGAGCUCACUGGUGAAUCAAAAGGAUGGAGCAGAAAACGAAGCAAACAAGAUUCCAGAAGCACCUUAUGUUCAUCCUCUUGUGAAGAAACAAUCGAGCUCUUUGAAAGGAAAGAGUCUUGAAGUGUGCACUGAAAGCCUCGGAUCCGAGACUGGUUCUGAAGGCUUUGGAUCAUACCCUUCUUCAGAAACCGGAGACAUAGAAGUGGCUAUUAAAGAGGAAGAACAAGUGGCAGAGAUUGAACAACCGCCGCAGCAACAACAAGAAGAUCAAGAGAAACAAGUGAAUACACAAGCAGUUUCGCAUGUGGAAGAGUUCCGAGUUGUCAAGUACAACUCUGCUGCUGCUAAGAAAUCGGCUGCGGUGGUGGUUCGAUCAUUUCCUCCUCCUAUCCCAUCUUUAUCGGGUUCUGAUGGAGCGUCUCUUCGCAUUAAGACUCACCGGGACAACGGGCGAGUAGUCCUUGAAGCCGUGUCGAUGCCUUCUCCCAAUAACUUCCGUGCUCAACGCCAAGACGGCCGCCUUGUCCUUACUUUUGUGAGUGCUACUCCGAGCUCUUUUGAGGAGUUCUCAGAGAAUGAAGAAGUGGUUGCUGAAGAGCAGAAAGAGGAAUUAGAGUACGAGGAGAAAUUUGUCAACUUUGUGGAAAGCGAGACUGAGGACGAGGAUGACGAGGAGGAUGAGGAUAGAGAGAAAGAGGAGGAAGUUGAGGUUGAGAGAGUAGUAGGAAAAGAAAGUGGAAUCAAGGAAAUAGAAAUUGGGAUGGAGGAAGCACCAAAAAUGUUGACGAGUAGGGUGACAACUGUUCAUAGGCUAGCACUAAUGAUGAAAAAGCCAAUUGGGUUGGCUAAUAGGAGUCAAGGGUGGGCUGCUAACAAGUUUAAUCAAGUAGUUAAGUAUGGAAGGGAUGAGGAGGAGGAAACAAUGAAGCCAACCCCACUAGCACAAUCACUUCCACCAAGGCCCGGCCGCGUGGCUCGGUUGAUACCUAAGUCACAGGCCGCAGCGACAGCAACACCCGCCGCCGCAGCUUCUUUGAAUGCUUACGAGUACUAUUGGCGCACCAAGCCCACAGCAGCACUCAACCCACUUUCCCAAGCAGCUUCCCCGCCCAUGAAGAGCAAGGACCAAAUGGCAAAUCAGCAGCAACAAUUGCUGGUUUUGAGAGGCAACAAAGGGGAUCACAUGGUUCCUUUGUCAAAGGGUUGCAAAGAGCCUAGAAGGUCUCUUCUAUUCUGGGAGCCAUACUGCAUUGCCACUUCUUGAUCAUCAUUAUCCACAUCCUCUCAGUAUCGACCCUUUGAAGGGUUGAUCCAAAUCCAUUGUUACUUGCUACGUACCCAUUAUUAAUUUACUCUAUCGGUCCUCUCUAGCUCAUAAGGUUUGUGUAGUCAAUUAAUAAAAGAAAAGGAAGGGAGAGACAACUUUGAUUUAGAGGAUCAAACAAUGAUAACAGAGCAAGAUAGCAGCAGACAUUUCAAGUAGUAUGUGCGUGUCAUAUAUGAUAUGAUUUAUAAUAUAAAUUCCCUCUGUUGUAGUAUCUACAACAAAA